UCCCUCCUGGGUGUUAUUGCCCCCUUCCCGGUGCGGGACGCGGCGGUGGCCAGCGCGGGUGCCAGGCCUGGGAUUUUCUGUGUCCUUUCCAGGGUCAGGGACGAGGCAGUGACUUGACUCCUGGGCGCUGAGCCCGGAAGGCAGCGCCGGAGGCCGCCGUCCCACCUGUCUGGUUCUCGUCACCCUUCGCUGUCUCCUGCUCCACCUGCGGCCGCCUGGACGGCUCCGGGUCUGACCGCUUGAGGCAGAGGUGGCAGUCGCGGCUGAAGGGGCUGAGGCUAGGCUGCGGCCCUCAGGGCGGCGGUAGCGCUGGGGGGGAGGAGGAGAAGGAGGAGGAGGAGAGAAGAUGGCGUCGGAGCUGGAGCCCGAGGUGCAGGCCAUCGACCGCAGUUUGCUGGAAUGUUCCGCCGAGGAGAUCGCGGGGAAAUGGCUGCAAGCCACCGACCUCACUAGAGAAGUGUACCAGCAUUUAGCCCACUAUGUACCCCAAAUCUACUGCAGAGGUCCCAACCCUUUUCCACAGAAAGAAGACAUGCUGGCACAGCAUGUCUUGUUGGGACCGAUGGAAUGGUAUCUUUGUGGUGAAGAUCCUACAUUUGGAUUUCCAAAACUAGAACAAGCAAAUAAACCUUCUCAUCUUUGUGGUCGUGUUUUUAAAGUAGGAGAGCCUACGUACUCUUGCAGAGACUGUGCAGUUGAUCCAACUUGUGUUUUAUGCAUGGAGUGCUUUUUGGGAAGUAUUCACAGAGACCAUCGAUACAGGAUGACAACAUCAGGAGGUGGAGGCUUCUGUGACUGUGGUGAUACUGAAGCUUGGAAAGAGGGUCCUUACUGCCAAAAACAUGACCUUAACACCUCAGAAACUGAGGAAGAAGAGGAUCCUCUUGUGCAUUUGUCAGAAGAUGUGAUAGCAAGAACUUACAACAUUUUUGCUAUUAUGUUUCGCUAUGCAGUAGAGAUAUUAACCUGGGAAAAAGAAAAUGAGCUGCCAGCAGAGUUAGAGUUGGAAGAGCAGAGUGACACCUACUAUUGCAUGCUGUUUAAUGAUGAGGUUCACACCUAUGAGCAAGUUAUUUAUACUCUUCAGAAAGCUGUUAACUGUACACAGAAGGAAGCUAUUGGUUUUGCAACUACGGUAGAUCGAGAUGGCCGUAGGUCUGUUCGAUACGGAGAUUUCCAGUAUUGUGAGCAAGCAAAAUCAGUUAUUGUGAGAAAUACCAGUAGACAGACAAAACCACUCAAAGUGCAAGUCAUGCAUUCGUCUAUUGUCGCACAUCAAAAUUUUGGUUUGAAGCUUUUGUCUUGGCUGGGAAAUGUUAUUGGAUAUUCAGAUGGCCUGCGUCGAAUUUUAUGUCAAGUUGGAUUACAAGAAGGGCCAGAUGGUGAAAGCUCUUCUCUGGUGGAUAGAUUGAUGCUCAGUGAUUCCAAAUUGUGGAAAGGUGCUAGGAGUGUGUAUCAUCAGUUGUUCAUGAGCAGUCUGCUGAUGGAUUUGAAAUACAAGAAAUUAUUUGCAAUUCGAUUUGCAAAAAAUUACCAGCAGUUGCAGAAAGAUUUUAUGGAGGACGAUCACGAGCGGGCAGUGUCGGUGACUGCUCUGUCUGUCCAGUUCUUCACCGCACCUACUCUGGCUCGAAUGCUCAUCACAGAAGAAAACUUGAUGACCACUAUCAUUAAGACUUUCAUGGAUCAUUUGAGACACCGAGAUUCCCAGGGCAGGUUUCAGUUUGAACGAUAUACUGCUCUACAAGCCUUCAAGUUCAGGAGAGUUCAGAGCCUUAUUUUAGAUCUCAAGUAUGUGUUAAUUAGCAAACCAACAGAAUGGUCAGAUGAGCUGAGGCAGAAGUUCCUGGAAGGGUUUGAUGCAUUUUUGGAAUUAUUAAAAUGUAUGCAGGGAAUGGACCCAAUUACACGGCAAGUAGGACAACAUAUUGAAAUGGAGCCGGAGUGGGAAGCAGCCUUCACACUACAAAUGAAAUUAACACACGUCAUCUCAAUGAUGCAGGACUGGUGCGCUUUAGAUGAAAAAGUGUUAAUUGAAGCUUACAAGAAAUGCCUGGCUGUACUGAUGCAGUGUCAUGGUGGUUUUACUGACGGAGAACAGCCAAUCACACUGAGCAUUUGUGGACAUUCAGUGGAAACUAUCAGAUACUGUGUUUCGCAAGAAAAAGUUAGCAUUCACCUGCCGGUUUCUCGAUUACUUGCAGGUUUACAUGUGUUAUUAAGCAAAAGUGAAGUAGCAUAUAAAUUUCCAGAGCUCCUACCUCUGAGUGAACUUAGCCCACCCAUGUUGAUAGAACACCCUCUUAGAUGUCUUGUGUUAUGUGCCCAAGUACAUGCUGGGAUGUGGAGAAGAAAUGGAUUCUCUCUAGUCAACCAGAUUUAUUACUACCAUAAUGUGAAAUGCAGACGAGAGAUGUUUGACAAGGAUAUAAUAAUGCUUCAGACAGGUGUCUCCAUGAUGGAUCCAAAUCAUUUCCUGAUGAUAAUGCUCAGUCGCUUUGAACUUUAUCAGAUUUUCAGUACUCCAGACUAUGGGAAAAGAUUUAGUUCUGAGAUCACUCAUAAGGAUGUUGUUCAGCAAAACAAUACUCUAAUAGAAGAAAUGCUAUACCUCAUUAUAAUGCUUGUUGGAGAGAGAUUCAGUCCUGGAGUUGGACAGGUAGAUGCUACAGAUGAAAUUAAGCGAGAGAUUAUCCAUCAGUUGAGCAUCAAACCCAUGGCUCAUAGUGAAUUGGUGAAGUCUCUCCCUGAAGAUGAGAACAAGGAAACUGGCAUGGAGGGUGUAAUCGAAGCAGUUGCCCAUUUCAAGAAACCUGGAUUAACAGGACGAGGCAUGUACGAACUGAAACCAGAAUGUGCCAAAGAGUUCAAUUUGUAUUUCUAUCACUUUUCAAGGGCAGAGCAGUCCAAGGCAGAAGAAGCUCAGCGGAAAUUGAAAAGACAAAAUAGAGAAGAUACAGCACUUCCCCCUCCAGUUUUGCCUCCGUUCUGCCCUUUGUUUGCAAGUCUGGUUAACAUUUUGCAGUCAGAUGUCCUGUUGUGCAUCAUGAGAACAAUCCUGCAGUGGGCUGUGGAACAUAAUGGAUAUGCCUGGUCAGAAUCCAUGCUGCAAAGGGUGUUACAUUUAAUUGGAAUGGCACUACAAGAAGAAAAGCAGCAUUUAGAAAAUGCCAUGGAAGAGCAUGUAGUAACAUUUACCUUCACCCAGAAGAUUUCAAAACCUGGUGAAGCACCAAACAACUCUCCUAGCAUCUUGGCCAUGCUGGAAACACUGCAAAAUGCACCCUACCUAGAAGUCCAUAAAGACAUGAUUAGGUGGAUAUUAAAGACUUUUAAUGCUAUUAAGAAGAUCAGGGAGAGUUCUUCCACCAGUCCUGUGGCUGAGACAGAGGGAACCAUAAUGGAAGAGAGUUCAAGAGACAAAGACAAAGCAGAAAGGAAGAGAAAAGCUGAGAUUGCUAGACUGCGUCGAGAGAAGAUCAUGGCCCAGAUGUCUGAGAUGCAGCGGCAUUUCAUUGACGAGAACAAAGAGCUCUUUCAGCAGACGUUAGAACUGGAUGCCUCUUCCUCUGCUGUUCUUGAUAAUGGCCCUGUGGUUUCAGAUAAGACACUUAUAGCAUUGGGGCCUGCAAAAACUCAGAUCUCUGAACAAAGACAGUUUGUUACCUGUAUAUUGUGUCAAGAGGAGCAAGAAGUUAAAGUGGAAGACAGUGCAAUGGUCUUGGCAGCAUUUGUUCAAAGAUCAACCGUAUUGUCAAAAAACAGAAAUAAAUUCAUUCAGGAUCCAGAAAAAUAUGAUCCAUUAUUCAUGCACCCCGACCUGUCUUGUGGAACGCACACUGGCAGCUGUGGGCACGUUAUGCAUGCUCAUUGUUGGCAAAGGUAUUUUGAUUCCGUUCAAGCUAAAGAACAGCGAAGGCAACAGAGGUUACGCUUACAUACGAGCUAUGAUGUAGAAAAUGGAGAAUUCCUUUGCCCCCUUUGUGAAUGCUUGAGUAACACCGUUAUUCCUCUGCUGCUCCCUCCAAGGAAUAUUUUCAGCAGGUUAAAUUUUUCAGACCAACCAAAUCUGACCCAAUGGAUCAGAACAGUAUCUCAGCAAAUAAAAGCAUUACAAGCUCUUAGGAAAGAAGGAAGUGCUUCUGAUACCGCCUCUUCAAAGCAUGUAGAAAAUGUGAAUGAAUUACAGCUACCUGAAGGGUUCAGGCCUGAUUUUCAACCUAAGAACCCUUAUUCUGAGAGCAUAAAAGAAAUGCUAACAACAUUUGGAACUGCUACUUAUAAGGUGGGGCUCAAGGUUCAUCCCAAUGAAGAGGACCCCCGUGUGCCCAUAAUGUGUUGGGGUAGCUGCGCAUACACCAUCCAAAGCUUAGAAAGAAUUUUGAGUGAUGAAGAUAAACCAUUGUUUGGUCCUUUGCCUUGCAGACUGGAUGACUGUCUGAGGUCACUAACAAGAUUUGCAGCAGCUCAUUGGACAGUGGUGUCGCUCUCAGUGGUGCAAGGACACUUUGGAAGACUUUUUGCAUCAUUGGUGCCUAAUGAUAGCCAUGAAGAUCUUCCAUGCAUAUUAGAUAUCGACAUGUUUCAUUUAUUGGUGAGCUUGGUGCUUGCUUUCCCCACGCUGCAGUGUCAGGAUUUUUCAGGGAUCAGCCUUGGCACUGGAGACCUUCACAUUUUCCAUCUGGUCACUAUGGCACACAUCGUUCAGAUCUUGCUGACCUCGUGCACAGAGGAGAAUGGCAUGGAUCAAGAAAAUCCCACUGGUGAGGAAGAACUAGCAGUUCUUGCUUUGUAUAAAACAGUUCGCCAGUAUACAGGAAGUGCCUUGAGAGGAACACCCUCUGGCUGGCACCUGUGGAGGACUGUCAAGGCUGGAGUCAUGCCUUUCCUGAAGUGUUCUGCUCUGUUUUUUCAUUACUUAAAUGGAGUUCCUUCCCCACCUGACUUUCAAGCUUCUGGAACAAACAAUUUUGAACAUUUAUGUAACUAUCUUUCCCUACCAAACAAUCUCAUUUGCCUUUUUCAAGAAAAUAGUGAGAUAAUGAAUUCACUGAUUGAAAGUUGGUGUCGUAACAAUGAAGUCAGAAGAUACCUAGAAGGUGAAAGAGAUGCUAUAAGCUAUCCGAGAGAAUCUAACAAAUUAAUAGACCUGCCAGAGGAUUACAGCAGCCUCAUUAACCAGGCAUCCAACUUCUCGUGCCCCAAAUCAGGUGGUGACAAGAGCAGAGCGCCGACUCUGUGCCUUGUGUGUGGGACCCUGCUGUGCUCGCAGAGCUACUGCUGCCAGACGGAACUGGAAGGAGAGGACGUGGGCGCCUGCACAGCCCACACCUACUCCUGCGGCUCCGGGGCAGGCAUCUUCCUGAGAGUACGGGAAUGUCAAGUGCUGUUCCUAGCUGGCAAAACCAAAGGCUGUUUUUAUUCCCCUCCUUACCUUGAUGACUACGGGGAGACUGACCAGGGACUCAGACGGGGAAACCCUUUACGAUUGUGUAGAGAGCGGUUCAAGAAGAUUCAGAAGCUCUGGCACCAGCACAGUGUCACAGAGGAGAUUGGACACGCCCAGGAAGCAAACCAGACACUGGUCGGCAUCGACUGGCAGCACUUGUGAUGACGUCGCUACCAAACACGGGGACUCGGAGUUUUGUAACCCAGUUGGCUUUUUAAAAAGAUUAGGAAAUAAAUACUGGGUUUUGAAAUGAAUUCUUUAUUUAAGCUUUCCUUCCCAGUUUUAUGUUCACAGCUUCUAGCUCCAGAGACUGUUGAAAAUCCUCUUCCAUCGGCAGAUUUGCUUGGACUGUUUGCUGUGUCCCUUGGCUGCAGCCUCCUGGGCGUUGGGAUCCGGCAAGGAGCUGCUCUUCAAGUCCUCACUGACCGCUGGGGGCCUCGGGCGGAAGCUGACGCCUUUGGCUGGGCUCAGGCUUCCCGGCUCCUCUAAGAGACUUGCCCCGAGGUUGGCCUGGCCUGUGCUGAGCCCCCACCGCGGGGACAGGGCUGGGGACGGUGCGGAAGGGGCCCGGGCCGCAGCCGGUCUCAGUGUGCUGGCUGGCCUUUCCGAGCCGGAGCCGUCCGUCACAGGUUCUUGGUUGCUGUGGGUGGUUUUGUUUUUGUUUUUUUCCUUUUUUUUGGCUUUGAGAGAAAAACCUCAAUUCAAGGGCUUUUUGAAAACUUGAAGAAGAUGCUCAUUUCCCCUCGGUGAUAUUCUGUGUAUGAAUCAAACCCUGGAGGAAGUGGCGAGCCGGCAGCCGCGGAAGCAAAGGCCCUGCUUGGCUUCGUGCGCACCCGCACCGCGCGCGCCGGGCUUCUUGCUCCUGGAACUGUUGUUCCUGCUGAGGGCCUUCCAAGAACGGUGGCCCCUGGGGAGCCCAGGCGCACUGCACAGCUGCCCCGCGGCUGAGAGCUCUGACGCGCCACCGGGAGGGGCAGAUCUAGCCCAAGAAGAUUCUGAGCCUCUCUGAGGCGGGGCUCAGGGACAAGCGAACUCGCUGCGCCUCUUGGCAAUGACUGUUUCCUCAGUCUUGGAUUCUCGCGUCUGCAAGCUGCGUUCUCAGCUGUGAGGUGUCCUCCGUGUACCAGGAGGAAGCCCGGGAAUCCACACCUGGAGCUGCAGGAAGCGGCCACGCAAGAAGCCACGCUCCCAUCCCCGGCGACAAUGACCGGAGCCCUUCCUGCUUGGGACUUGCUCACCCCACUGGGAGACGUCCAGCAGGUGGAAUGGCCGGCUAGAAUCCACCUCUCUUCCCACCGUUCUGGCCUUUUACUCCUAAGACUGGAUUGUUUGGGUGGAGGGUGGCAUAAUCAAUGUUUAUUUGCGCCUUUGUCACAUCAAGUUCCUUUAACUUUUAAAUCCAUCUGCUUUUGCCUUUCCUCCAAAUGUUCACCAACCUUAGACUGAAAAUUAUCAGACCAGAUUGCUCCAAGUGGAUCGCAGACAUUCUCACCAAAUCAUAACAGUCCCCCCAGCUUUCCAGCCUGACUUCAUGGAAGUGUGGGCUUAGCCGAGGGGGUCCCUGAACUCCCUUCUCUAGGAAUGUGGGAGUCUGGGGGAUGAAUUUCCAUGCAAUAGCAAAAGGCACACCCUUUUAUUCCCUGGCCUUAAGCUGACUCCCUACCUAAUAAAUCAUCUUACUUCUAUGAUUUGCUCCGCAUGUUUUAUGUUUAUUGUAGAAAUGUUUAUAUAACAUGGUUUCCAUAUCAGGGAAUAUCUUGUCUGUUUAAUAAAUUGGCUAUAACUUUAAUAUCUGUGGACAAACUUGUAAAAUUUGGAAUGUAUCAUAUGUAAAAAGUUUAAAGAUAUCCAAAUAAAUGCUUUAGGCAUUGA